AUGUUUUACCUUUUACUGUCAAUUCUACCUGUGACAGAGUGUUCUUUGCAACCACACGUAGUUGAUGGUAGCAAGGCAUCUAUAAAUAAAUUUCCACAUUCAGUAUUCUUGUUCGUAGGCGUAAAUGGUGCAGUAAUUUGUGGGGGCUCAAUACUAAGCAAUAGAUUAAUUUUAACAGCCGCACAUUGCUUAGAAUAUGUAAGAAAUGAAGCUGAUAUAAUUCCGUAUGCAGGAAGCGCUCGAAUACACGAAGCACAGGAGUUUAAAACAUUGAGAUACGCAAUUCAUGGAGCUUAUAGUGAACAUACAAUAGCCAACGAUAUUGCCUUAAUUCUUUUGGAAAGGUCAAUGCCUUUAGGGGCGGAUAUGAGAAAAAUAGCUGUUUACAGAAUUCCACCAGUUAAGACGUUUGCUAUAGUUGCUGGAUGGGGGUAUAUUAAUGAGGUAACGGGAGAACAAUCAGAUUGGCUGCGUUCAACGAGGCAGAAAGUAUGGACCUAUCAAGAGUGUAGAAAAGUUGUUACAGGAAUUCCGAAGGGUUCUUUAUGUGCUGGUGACCUUAAGAAUACAGGGUAUCCUUCCGUUGGAGACUCUGGAAGCGCUCUAGUCGUCGACAAAUACAUUCAAAUCGGACUAGUAUCAUUUAAAAGACCUCAAGUUACAACUAGCCUUGUAGUUUACACAAACAUAUCAUACCACUACGACUGGGUAGUUAGCAUUGCAACAUCAUUAAAUUGUAUGAAUAAAUAGCUUACUAAAUAAGUUUGAAAGACGGAUGGCAAAACAUCUUGAUUCACUCUAUAGGUUAUGGAA